CACAGUGAUCUAGGGCGCUCGCACCAAUGCGAUCGCUCUGAGUUCAAGCCCAUCUCGUGCUAACUUUCUCUCCAGUCGUAUGGGCGUGAGUUUCCCUCGUCACUGCCUGGUUACCUCCCGCCAUACAGCUGGCCGCCGCCUUAGAAAUUAAAUAUUCUUGAGUACGACGUAAAAUUUCAAUCAAAUGAAUGAAUAAAUUAACAAGAUUUUAAAACAGUUAUAUAAUGUUUGGAACAAAUCACCCAAAAGUGUUCAUUGGCCAUCUGAGAAAAAUACUUUCGUAAAUUGUAAAUUAAACACCUAACAAUGUUACAAUGUGUUACGCUGUGAGCACUCUUCCUCCUCCACAACUAUCAAACUGGUGGAAUAACCAUCACAGACUUUAUAUACAUGUAUAACACUUCACUUUUAUAGCUUUGAAGUUCAGGCUACCCUGUGAGCAUACACAUCAUGAGGCCUAGGAAGCUCUUCCGGUCUCUCAGGGACAUGAAAGCAAUCCUCAUGUCCGUGACUACCCCGCUGAUUCUCUUACCUAUUCUUUACACAGUUGAAGGCCAGCCGGGUAGAUGUGCCUACGCUGUCUCCAUUCUGGUAACAUUCUGGGUUUUGGAAGUCCUGCCGUUUCCAGUGACGUCAAUGUUACCAGCCGUCCUCUUUCCACUUUUGAGCGUUUUGACGACUCGUCAAGUCUGUGCGGAAUAUAUUAAGGACCCAUCCAUUACCAUUAUAGGUAUAUUUGGCCUUGUGGCAGCAAUAGAACGCUGGGGUCUUCACAGACGUGUGGCUCUGGGCAUGUUAAAGCUGAUCGGAACAAAGCCGCACUGGUUGAUAUUGGGGAUGUUGGUGUGUACAUCAUUGCUGUCCAUGUUCAUCACCGCAGGUGUCACUGCUUUGAUGUCGCCCAUCGUUAAAAGUAUCAUGGACAAGUUGAAAAACGUGACAUUGGAAAAUGAUUACGAAAUUGAAGACAGAGAACAAGAUGACAGAUCAGAAGACGAGGAAUCCGAUAUCGAGUAUGUCGGAGGCAGCGAAAAUGCAAACAAACAGUAUAUAGAUGAAAUCGAGCGUCUGCACAAGGCUCUGUCUCUCUGUAUUGGAUAUGGUGCUAUCCUGGGUUCUGUUAUUACCCUCACCGGCGGUCCCAGCAAUUUUGUGGCCGUGGGACUCAUCCAAGAGUUUUACAGGGCGUAUGGCCUUCAGUCCAAGCUUACUUUCGUAAGCUGGUUGGUAUUCGCCGGCCCUAUAGGCGUCAUCGUUAUAUUUCUGACCUGGAUUUGGUUUGUCAUUUUAUUUCUCAAAGGAAAGGGACUGUUCAGACGUCGCACAGUCACAGGGAAAAUGGUCGGAGCAGAACGACGUGUUCAAGAACACUUGCAACAAGAGUACAGUAGAUUAGGGCCGUGGAGUUACCCAGAGGUCAUGACCUUGGCGUUUCUGUUACUACUGGUGGUGCUGUUUUUGACAGAGGAUCUUUAUUUUAUACCGGGGUGGAAUUCAGUGUUUGAAGAAGGGUUUGUAGGUAGUUCGGUGACUCCGUCAUUAUUAAUGGUGCUGUUGUUUAUAAUCCCUGCAAAGUCUCCCACGAAGCUGUUAUGUGGCAGCUCAGAAGGUAAAAAAAAUUCGAAAUUUUCUCCCAUUAUCAACUGGACAGAUGUUACCAACACCUUACCCUUGGGCGUUGUGCUUAUUUUAGGAGCCUCAUUUGCCAUGGUGAAAGCUUGCCAGGAGUCGGGCCUAACACCUCUGAUCGGGGAACACUUUAAAGGGUUUGUCACUCUCGAGCCCUGGGUUUUGACCUUAGUGGUCACUUCACUGACCACUUUCCUCGCAGAGUUCAUCAGCAACUCAGCGGCUAUCACCAUGCUACUGCCAAUCGUUGGUCAGAUGGCGAUACUGGCUAAUCUGGACCCACUAGCGUUGCUUUUCCCUCUGACUAUAGCUGCUAAAUGUGCUUUUAUGAUGCCUAUUGCGACACCUCCCAACACGAUUGCAUACUCACUGGGAGCCCUGACAAUAAAGGACAUGGCGACAGCGGGGUUUGCCCUCAACAUUUUGACACUGCUGACUCUGAACGUGGCCGCUCACUCAUGGGGUCAAGCCUACUUCCAGUGGGAUGUCAUACCUGAUGAGAUGAGGAGGAAUGUAUCAACGAUAUGAUGACAAUGAGUUGGAAUGUAUCAGCGAUGUGACGACCGCGUGGAGGAAUGUAUCAGCGAUAUGACGACCGCGUGGAGAAAUGUAUCAACGAUGUGAUGACCAUGAGGAGGAAUGCAUCAUCGAAGUGAUGACCGCGCGGAGGAAUGUAUCAGCGGUGUGAUGAUCAACGGUGUGAUGAUCAUGAGGAGGAAUGAAUCAGCGAUGUGAUGACCACGAUGAGGAAUGUAUCAACGAUGUGAUGACCACGAUGAGGAAUGUAUCAACGAUGUGAUGACCACGAGGAGAAAUGCGCCAACAAUGUGAUGACGAAGAGAAAUGUGUGAAUGAUGUGAUGACCACGCGGAGGAAUGUUUCAGCGAUGCGAUGACCGCGCGAAGGAAUGUAAAAACGAUGUGAUGACCAUGAGGAGGAAUAUAUGAACGAUGUAGUGACCACGAGGAGGAAUGUCUCAGCGAUAUGAUGACCUCGAGGGGAAUGUAUCAACGAUGUGAUGACCAGAUUUGACGUCUAUACCAUGCUGAUAUUUAUGCACAUAUUUAACAAUUAGCAGUUGUAUCUCAUCUCGGUUACUGCAUUUCAACAUUUAACAUUUGUAUCUCGACAAUAUUGGCUGUGUUUGUACAUUAUGUCAAUAUAUGUGACUAAAAUUCACAUUUCAUUCGUUUCGUUUACAUUGUAUUAUAUAUAGUUGCAAUAUUAAGAUGUGGACUUUGGCAACUUCUCUAGAUUUUCCGUUUGUAUAUCAGCAUCCUCUGCCAUAUUUAUUCUUGAUUUUAUUCUCGCAAUCAUCGGUUGUACUUAUAAACCGUGUCAACAAGAUAAUUUGUAUGUCAUCAGCUUCGAUUAACUUGAAUACAUUUGUUGAUUUUACCGUAUGUAACUCGCUUCUUGAUCGGGGAGUUUCGAGGUCGCACUCUUUUAUUGCUGAAGGUAAAAAAAUCAAUACUCUGUCAUGUGACCUAUCAGAAAUGUUAGGCAACUAGUUUUAAUGCAAAGCGGUCCAUCCUGGUGUAGAGGAAAUGUGAACAUUUCACAUUCGUACGGUACAAGCUUCUUUAGUGCAUUGUCCUUUUCAAAUGUAGUCAUCUAUGACAAUCUGCAUUGGCAACCCACGGCCAUCCGCUGGUUGCUGAAGACCUUCCCACGUACGGCCAGAGAGAAAGCCAGCAAAAUUGAAUUAGAUACAUGUAUCUUGCCUGUUCGAGGAAGGUGUCUUCGUCCUAAUGCAUUGUAAAUAGGUUGGUAUUAGCACAUGCCUGUAUAAAGGAGAUAAUUUCAUGAAAUGACUGACAUAAUGUUGAAAACGACGUUAAGUUUUAACCCCAUCCAAACGAUCAAACGAAGUUCGGUUCAAGUACUUGUAAUACAAUAUCCCGUAUCCCUUCGAAUUUUCUUCGAAAUGGUGGGUCAUGAGUCUAUCCGGUAACAAGUAAAUCUCGCCCCAAGAAGUUUACAAACAGAAAUGCUAAA